GUUGGAUACAGAGAAGACGCUGUCCCUCACACACUCAGGAGAGCUUGAGGUUCUUCUGUCUCGUUUGUGAAGAGCUCACCUGUAAGGACUGUCAACUGAUCUCUCAUAGGGGGCACAGUUUUGUGAAGCAGGAGGAAGCUGUGGGAUCUCAAAGGCAGCGGCUGCAGAGUUUGUUGGACUCCAUCAGACAUCAGAAAGAGACGAUCAGCAGCAGCUUGCUGCACCUAGAGGCAAGAUUGCAGGACAUUAAGAGUAUAAAAGUGGCAGCAAAGAAGAUGUUGACACAGGUAGUCCACUUCAUUUAUCAGACUCUGGUUGUGAGAGCUACACAGAUGUUAAAGGAGAUAGAGGCCCUGUAUGCGGAGGAGGUGGGGUGUUUGUUGGAGAGGAAGACAUCUCUGAACAGGUUGGAAGGCUGUCAGGACUACAUAGCAGCUUUUAUUGACAAGAUCCUAUGCACAGAGGGCCACUGCCUCCUGACCUACACAAAAAGAAUUGAGACCCAAGUGAAAAAGCUUCUGACCCAGAAGGCAUGCACCCCUGAGACCAUGAUUGAACUGCACAUUCAGAUUCAGAAUGAACUCUGUCAGCACAUCAUGAAAUGUGGAUUUUUGAGGAUUAGAAGGGUUCUUGUUCCAUUCACCUCUCAGAGAACUGGUUCCACUCAGUUAGAUUCUGAGUCUGUGAAAAGCUCAAAUCAAAAUCCCUGUGCCUCCUCUCAGACUGUGCAAAUGGACCAGGCCCUUCCUAGUCUGCCUCAUCCAUCUCAGCCCAGCCAGCCAUCUCAUUCUAACCAGGCCACAACCCGCUUUGCAUGUAACAAUGUUGCCUCUUCUCAACCUAAUCAAUCUGAACCUUCCUCUUCAGAUCAUCAGAGUUCAUUUUCUUCUUCACCAUCUGUCCAAGUCCAGUACCAUGAAGUCAUGUCUGAGCAAACCAAGCAUGCUUACAGUCCCUCAUUGAACUGUGUCCCAUAUUUUCCUCAGUCUGCUCCUAAAACUCACAUGAAUUCUUCUCCGUCGGUUUAUUCUCAGCCUCGUCUUCCACUCACGAACCUCACAGCAUCUCAAAUAAACAAUAUCUCUGAGUCAGCCAAAUGUAGGAAGGCCUAUUGCCCUACCAUGCAGGUCUCUCAUACACGCAUACUCACCCGCCCAAUGCCAAUUCCAGUCAACAACCAAACACCCGUAACAACUCAUCCAAUACCAGCCAACAACCAAACACUCAUACCAACUCAUCCAGUGCCAGCCAACAACCAAACACCUGUAAUAACUUAUCCAAUGCCAGUGAACAACCAAACACCCCUACUAACUCAUCAAAUACCAGUCAAUAACCAAACACCCCUACUAACUCAUCAAAUGCCAGUCAAUAACCAAAGACAGCCAAUUUCAGUCAACAACCAGACACCUGUAACAACUCAUCCAAUACCAGCCAACAGCCAAACACUUGGACUAACUCAUCUAUUGCCUGCCAACAGCCAGACACCCCUAAUAACUCAUCGAAUGCCACUCAACAACCAAACACCUGUACUAACUCAUAUAAUGCCCAUCAACAACCAAACACUCGUACCAACUCAUCCAAUACCAGCCAACAACCAAACACUCGCACCAACUCAUCCAAUACCAGCCAACAUCCAAACACCUGUAUUAACUCAUACAAUGCCCAUCAACAACCAAACACUCGUACCAACUCAUCCAAUACCAGCCAACAACCAAACACUCGCACCAACUCAUCCAAUACCAGCCAACAUCCAAACACCUGUAUUAACUCAUACAAUGCCCAUCAACAACCAAACACUCGUACCAACUCAUCCAAUACCAGCCAACAACCAAACACUCGCACCAAGUCAUCCAAUACCAGCCAACAACCAAACACCUGUACUAACUCAUACAAUGCCCAUCAACAAUCAAACACUCCUACUAACUCAUCAAAUGCCAGUCAAUAACCAAAAACAACUAAUUUCAGUCAACAACCAAACACCCGUAACAACUCAUCAAAUACCAGCCAACAACCAACCACCUGAACUAAUUGAAUCAAUACCAGCCAACAACCAAAUACCUGUAUUAAUUCAACCAAUCCCAGUCAACAACCAAACACCCAUACUAAUCCAUCCUAUACCAGCCAACAACCAAACACCCGUAUUAAUCCAACCAAUACCAGCCAACAACCAAUCAACCAUACUUACUCAUUCUAUACCAACUUACAACCUCGCACUCAUACUGACCCAUCCAGUACAAACCAACUUCCUGGGGCCCGGACUUUCUUUCUCUGUGCAACCCAGUAUUCCCUUAACUGUCCUUUCAACAAUAAACACACUUUCUUUAAAUGAUGCUACUGCAAUCUCUAAUGUCCUUCCUGUAAACCCAAUGCCUUCUACUCCCAUUGAUGGCAACAACACCCUUCGGUGUAAGAGAGGCACCUACAAUAGCCAUAACCUCCCAGUCAAGGCCUUGGCUGAUUCCGCCUGUGAUCAGGAUGCAGGUGUGAGCAGCACGAAUUUCACUGAUACGGACCAUCUGGAGAGCAACUUGCCCACCUCCCUUGUGUCGGGGGCAGCUCCCAAAGAACCUUCACUAGAUCCUGGCCGCUCCUCUGGCCCAUCCAACAUUCACCAGAACUCUCUCUCCAUCAUCACCACCACCACCACCACCACAGAGAAAUGUUCAAGUCAAGCUCAAGACUGUCAGUCAUCCAACAAGAACUACUCUGGACCAAAACACUGGAGCAUUGGCAUGCCGACAACUUUCCGUCAGCUUGUAGAGGCAACAUGCAUACCUGUCAGGUCUCUACGUGUUUCUCUUGUGCGUCUGCCCAUCUCUCUGCCUCCAAGUGGACAGCCACUCCCAGAGUUCCACCUUACUGCAGAUACCUCCACAGAUCACAUCUUCGUGCAGGAAUCCCAGGGAGGACAGGUUAACCAGGUGUGGAGAUGGUAUGAAGAUCCAAUAGCAUCUAGAUCCUCUUCUUGCUCUGUAUCCCAAGAAGACGGCGACAGCUCCCCGGCAUCUGACGUAGAGUUCUGUGCCUUGUGUCUGUCUGCAGGAGCUGCACUUCUGUGUGCAAAAUGUGGCUGUGCUUUCCACUCUGACUGUCACAUCCCACCAGUUCUCACAAAACCUUGUAAGGAUUGGGUGUGUUUGCUAUGUCAGGAUGUAAAUGAGACAGUCGUGUAUGGCAGUGAGGAGAUGAGGACGCCUAGUCUGAGCCUGCAAGAUCAAAGAAAGUGUGAGAAGCUUGUCCUUGGUCUCCUGUGUGAUGAGAACAAGAGCCUGCUCUACAGCGCCACCAAGAAUCACUCAAAAACAGCCGAAUUUGAUAUAAUACUCGGCCGACUCCUGGGGAAACGGAAGCCUCCUUAUCGGACUGCUGCUGAACUGGUGUCAGAUGUUUGGACUCUCUUUGACAUCUUGAUGAUAAACUCUGAGGCAAAUCACUCAUCACAGUCAUGUAGGACAAACAUGGUUGUUAAACUUCAAAAAUCUUUCCAGCAACAGCUGAAUGAAUCUUUUGGGGAGAGUCUCCAUGCUUCUCUCUUGAAACAGUCCAGCAGCAAGGAUCCAGAGACUGAACGAGAGAAGCACAGAAACACUUUGAAACGCAUGAGAGAGUUUGUCAUGGCAAACUCCGGUACAGCUGCAAAGAAAUCCUGCACUGAUAAAGGGAACGAGGGAGAUGGCUGUGGAAACACUACAGCUGCUGAACACUGAAGUGCAUCAGUCAUUACUUGCUUUUGAAAUUCGCAAAAAUACUUCUGUAUUCUCUUGUGAAGAGGGAACCAGAUCACUUUCUGUUUAUUGUAGUAGUUUGUUUAUUUAGCUUUGCCUUUAAGUAAGAUGUGUAUUAAACAGAUUAUUUCAU